ACCGGCUGGUCUCCAGCUCCCGAGCGGGAGGUUUUUACACAUGAGUGAAGAAGACAAUUUUUGUAAGUAGAAGUGACGUAACAUCAUUUUAGGAUGUCUGAUGAUGAAGACAGAGUGAAGUUACGCCGUCUUGAGCCAGCGAUCCAGAAAUUCGUUAAGAUAGUCAUCCCAACAGACCUGGAGAGAUUAAGGAAGCACCAAAUAAAUAUUGAGAAGUAUCAGAGGUGCAGAAUCUGGGACAAGUUGCAUGAUGAACACAUCAAUGCAGGACGAACGGUUCAGCAACUCCGCUCCAAUAUCCGAGAAAUGGAGAAGCUUUGUUUGAAAGUCCGCAAGGAUGACCUAGGACUUCUGAAGAGAAUGAUAGACCCAGUGAAAGAAGAAGCGUCGGCAGCAACAGCAGAAUUUCUCCAGCUCCAUCUGGAAUCUGUAGAAGACCUCAGAAAACAACUCAGUGAUGAAGAAGCUUUAUUGCAGCCUUCUUUGACCCGAUCCAUGACAGUGGGUGGAACAUUUCACAGUCCUCAAGCUGAAGCUAACCCUCAGAGUUUGACUCAGAUAUACGCGUUGCCUGAAAUUCCUCGAGAUCAAAAUGCCGCAGAAUCCUGGGAAACCUUAGAAGCGGACUUGGUGGAACUUAGCCAACUGGUCACUGAAUUCUCCCUACUAGUGAAUUCUCAGCAGGAGAAGAUUGACAGCAUCGAAGACCAUGUCAACACGGCUGCUGUGAAUGUUGAAGAGGGAACCAAAAACUUGGGGAAGGCUGCAAAAUACAAGCUGGCAGCUCUGCCCGUGGCAGGUGCACUCAUCGGGGGAGUGGUAGGGGGUCCGAUUGGCCUCCUCGCAGGCUUCAAAGUAGCAGGAAUUGCAGCUGCACUUGGUGGUGGGGUGUUGGGCUUCACAGGUGGAAAGUUGAUACAAAGAAAGAAACAGAAAAUGAUGGAGAAGCUCACUUCCAGCUGUCCAGAUCUUCCCAGCCAAACUGACAAAAAACAGAGUUAAAAAAUCAAACUUCAGUGUCAACUCGUCUGUCGUAAUGAUGGCCUUUGCUGCUGAUCGACACUCAGUCA